GCAAGGAGUGAGUGAUUGACUUUAUCAGUCCAAGGACAUCAUUCAUCUGCAAAGGGGGGGAAGUUUGAUCCUCUUUCUCACGGAUCCCACUAACGGGAGUUUCUUACCCCCUGCUCGCCGAGCCUGGGACUAUUACCUGGCGUUUUCCAUAUUUUUUCGUGAACUAUUUAGUUUAUUUAAUGUUUUGUGUUAGUUUAAACGAAUUCUUCCUUUUAUUGCGUGUUUGAUUGAACUUUUAUCUGUUAAACCUGGGUUUUGAAAGCUCCAUCCCUCUUCUUCAUUUAAUUUUUUUGGGCGAGCCUCAUCACUAUGCUCCUCGAUAGUGGUCCACAGUUUCCAUCGCUUGGAGUUGGAGGCUUCGGAACGCCGAGACACCAUGAUCUCGGGAACCGAGAGCACGGACUGGGGCUCAACCCAUUCGCGGACUCGUCCCAUUCAGCUGCGUUUAAAAUUAGCUCCGUUACACACGAUAUCGCCCCGAGCCAGACGUCGGCUUUCACACCGCAAGCAACUGGAUAUGCAGCUGCGCUCGGACACCACCAUCACGGUGGGCAGGUCGGUUCCUACGGUGGAGGCGCGUUUAACUCCACGCGAGAUUUCUUGUUCCGAAACCGGAGCGACUCGACGGCCACCAGCGCGCAGCACGGGAUCUUCGCCGCUUCUGCCGGGAGUCUCCACGCACCGCCUGGAAUCUCGGACAACCCGGGCCACCUUCUCUUCCCAGGACUUCACGAGCAAAGCGUGAGCCAUACUUCUCCAGGAGGACAUGUAGUGAAUGGACAAAUGCAUAUUGGUUUGCGUGGGGACCUUUUCGGACGGCCGGAUCCGUAUCGUCCUGUUCCGAGUCCGCGCGCGGAUCCUUACGGCGCCGCUCCGCUCCACAAUUACAAUCACCCCAUCAACAUGAACGUGGGAAUGAACGUGCCCACGCACCACGGUCCAGGCGCCUUCUUCCGCUACAUGCGGCAGCCCAUAAAGCAAGAGCUGUCCUGCAAGUGGAUAGAUGAAAAUCAAAUAAACAGGCCCAAAAAAACUUGUGACAGAACUUUCAGCACCAUGCACGAGAUGGUCACGCAUGUGUCCAUGGAGCACGUCGGGGGGCCCGAGCAGAGCAACCAUGUUUGCUAUUGGGAAGACUGCCCAAGAGAAGGGAAAUCGUUUAAGGCCAAAUACAAACUAGUGAACCACAUCAGAGUGCACACCGGGGAGAAACCGUUCCCUUGUCCUUUCCCUGGUUGCGGGAAAAUUUUUGCAAGAUCAGAAAAUUUAAAAAUCCACAAGAGGACUCAUACUGGCGAGAAGCCGUUUAAGUGUGAGUUCGAGGGCUGCGACAGGCGCUUCGCGAACAGCAGCGACAGAAAAAAGCACAUGCACGUGCACACGUCUGACAAGCCGUACAUCUGCAAAGUAUGCGACAAGUCCUACACGCACCCAAGCUCACUCAGGAAACACAUGAAGGUGCACGAGUCACAAGGUUCGGAGUCAUCUCCAGCAGCCAGCUCCGGGUACGAGUCCUCCACGCCGCCUGUGCUGGUUUCAACAAACUCAGAAGAUCCAACCAAAACGCCUGAAACCACCGUGCAAAGCGCAUCAGCACACAGCGACGCAUUAGCGCCCAACUUCAACGAAUGGUACGUUUGAAGAUCCGACUAGACUCUUAUUGCGGACCAAAAGGUUCAGACAACCUUUAAAAAAACACACAAAACACUAUUCACACCACGGUGAACAAAAUGACAGUGGAACAACACGAAGAACUGAGAGUUCGCCACAGCAGGCCUCGUUCGUUCUCAGGAUCCAAAUGUUGACUUUUAUUCCGAGAUCGAAGGAAAAAAAAGAAAAAAGGAAGAAAAAAAACAAUAAAUACUUACUUACACUUUCUAUGAAUGAAUAAAAAAAACAUUUUCGGUUUAGUUUUCAGAUUACAGAUAAUUAUUUUAUUUUGAAUUUUAUGUAUUUUAUCAAAAGUUUAUUUUAAAAAUAAACAAAACUGAAAUAAUAUUCCACGGUGUUUUUAUAUCGGUGACAUCCACGUCGCCUUCUGAUUGUUAAACUUCAGACAGUCUUACGAAACGUGCCAAAGUCUUUGUCUUGAACUUGAACAAGAGCAGCAAGAAGAAAAAGAAAAUAAGUAUAUAGCCUAAUCGUGAAUGUAUUUCCUUGUUUGAUGGAGUCGAAUCUGUUGUCCACGUCUGUUUUGAAAUGGAGAAAUGUGCUAGUACGAUUGUUCCAGUUGACUAUGAUAUUGCCUUUUGUUAGUAACGAUGUAAAUACAUAUCCAUGAUGCCAUAUUUAUCGAUUUGUAAUUUAAUUGUCAGCAAAGAGCUGAAUUUUAAAUGAUAUUUAUGGAAAUGUUUUCUAACUAGAUUGUACAGUGUUGAGUCAGAACUUGACCAGCUUAACAUUGAAACAAGGUCAUAGACUCUAAAAGCUUCCUUCACGCGAUUGUAACUUUUUUUUAACCAAUAAACGUGUCUUAUCUGGAUCAAAAAUAUCAACUAUUAAUAUAAUCAAUUAACUUUUUUUAAUAUUUUUUUAAGUUUAUAGUAUUGUAUAGGUUAUUCCAAGUACUUUGAGCUCUUAAGAAUACUGAUAGAACAAACAAGCAAAAAAAAAUCUCAAGUGACUGAUGAAUAGAUAUAAAGUUAUAAUUACAUUCUUGUAUUCUAUAAACUCUUAGUACGGAGUAUAUUGUAUGCAUUACCAUAAAGAUCUACUAGGGGCAAAUUGGAAAGGCCCAUUAACCAUUUAUUCGCUGGCUUCAGAAAUUUCGAUAAGAUUUUCAGUUGCUUUAUGCAACAGCAUUUUUAUUUAAUCCAUGAACUUUUUCACUUCAUGAGUAAAAACACUCGAUUCCCAGAGCAAAGCCCAGUCAUUUGGGUCAAUUUAAUAUUCCACUUUUGAUGGUUACGGUACUAUAUGUUUUCUGUUUCCAGCAAGAACUGUCACAACUAAGUAAUCGCAAAUAAAAGUUUUUUUUUGUUGUUUUUUUUUCAGUCUGUCAGUUUGCAUUGCUUUAAUUUUAGGGUAGAUCUUAUUUAAAUAUAAGAGUGUUCGUCAUGAGUACUGUCGUGUUAUAUAUGGAGCAAUACACAUUUGCUCCAAAUGUUGUGGAACAACAUUUUAGUUUUAAGAAAUCAAAAAAAAUAUGUGUUUUAAGGGGAAUUUAUGUUUAGUGGCACUAAGAAUUACAGCAUUGCAUUGUGUGUUUUUAGGAAUUAAAUAUUAUGCAUUCACAGAUUUAUUGUGCUUUCGACUUCAGACCACCAGCAGUACAGCAAAACAAACUGUAUUAAAUACAGUACCUCGCAAAGUACAGUGAUGUAUUGAAUACUUUUAUUUAAAUAAUGUAAUAAAUAUGUUUUAUAAACUCUUUUCUAUAUCUUGGUUUUAAAAAAAAUAACCUUUAUUUCAACUUUCCUCUCUGUAUCAGCCGUAAACUCAGCAAAUCUUGAAUGUGACAAUGUAACACCUGAAGAUAUUAUUCCUGAAGAGCAAAUGUAUCACUAAUAAAAUGUGACCCUGUAGCACAAUCAGGGCAAGCAAUGCGAUUUCAAAGAGCCGAUUAGUCAUUUAGUAAACUAUAAAAAAGUGAAUUUUCGAGCAGUCCAUAUUUGCUUGUGGGUUUGUUUGUUUUACAGACUAGAAAUGAGGGGGUGGGUGAAGUUUUGAUGAAGAUUAAAAACGUUACAAAAUGUGUCCAAUGACUGAAUUCACCUCUUCUUGUAUGAUUUUGUUUAAUCAGAUCGUAAAAGAUCUUACAUCUUACUCAAGAAGCCUUCCUUCUCUUCCGUGUUUUGUCUGAGUGUGCAGUAGACUUGAACUUGGCACUGGCUAAGACGCCAUCUUAGCAUUUCGCUUCUUAAAGGGGUGGAACAAGUUUUUGUCUGUAUACACAGCGUGUGGUUUUUACUUUUCCUUAACACGAUGGCAAAAGAGAAGUUUGAGGAUCAUACCUUGACCUUUAAAUAGGUUAUUUUUUGGAAGAUUUAACACAUUUUAUUUAGAGCUGUAGCAUUCUGGCACUGUAGCCUGUGAGUUUUGUGUACAGCAUAAAUGCACAAGACCAAAGGGGAAUAAUAACUAUAUGACAUCAUAAUGUUUAUGGCCAUUUAUUUAAGCCUCCAUAGCAUACUGAAUUUCUGACCACUUACAUACACGCAGAGUCAAGCUAUUUAUUUUCUAAACAUGGCAUAAUAAUUUGCAAAAUAUUGGGAAUAAUUUUAUGCUAAGGCAUGUCAAUAUCAUUCCUCUUAUCAUACACCGAACACGUGAAAUCAGGCA